AUGAGUCUUUUCCCUCUCUCACUGCUCGAGUCCUCUCAAGUACUUCCUCAUCCACCCAAACCCAUGAAUGCAUCACUAUCGUCGGAUGCAAGAGGCAAACGGAUCCAUAUCGAUGCCGACCAGAUCAACAAUCUCCCAGACGAUGUGUUGGUCAAGAUCCUAUCCACUCUGACCACAGAAGAUGCCAUCAAGACUGGUGUGCUGAGUAAACGUUGGAAGAGUCUAUGGAAGCAAGUACCUUACAUCCACUUGGAUAUGCUUGUUGAUUUGACCAAGGAUGAACCUCUGGAUGAGGAAGCUGUUACAAAGGUUAUAAACAAUCACGAUGGUCAUCUAGAGGCCUGCUCAAUCAAUCAUUACGCCCAGCUGUGUAAAGACCCUAACAAUGUGCUCAAAACAUGGAUUCAGUUACUUGUUCAGGAGAAAGAAACAAAAGCUCUCUCACUUUCAAACUGCCAUGGUGACAGUACGAGAAGCAAUCAGCUUCUGUUGUCCCAAGACAUGUUCUCCCAUCCAAAACUCGAGAUACUGUUCCUAUAUCGAUACGAUUUCAAAACUGCCGAAGCCUUCAACAACUGCCACAAUCUCAAGAUUCUCAAACUUGAGACAAUCGAUGCCGAGGUUGAUGUGUUCAACCAAGUUCUUGCAUCGUGCCCUUCUCUCAAGGUCCUGGUGCUAGAUGAUGUCAUGUGGCUCAACAGAAAUGCUUGCUUGAAGAUUGACAACAAGAAGCUUAAGCUCUUGCAUGUGUCUUCCAACUAUGUUGAUUGCAUUGAGGUGUCUGCUCCUCGUCUACGUAUUUUCUCGAGUUACUGUCUUCGUCUUGGUGUUGAGUCUACCGUCGCCACCAACUCCCCAAAAUUUUUGCUCAAUAAUGGUGAAAUAGACUUCAAGAGAUUCAACAUGCACUACAACAUUUCAAAUCAAGCUAAGGAGAAAGAAAGCAUUGGGCAUGAGUUCGUGGUGAGUAGAGCUGCUAACUAUUUGAAGCGGAUUAGAACUUUGGUGGUGUUCGUGGAUGUAACGAAUUCGAAAGAAGUUGAGCUGCUAAGACAGCUACUAAGUGCAUGGGAUCGAACACUGAUAGAGCUCCAUAUAUUAUUUCUGGGUGACUAUCUUUCCAAGGAAGAAGGUGAAUCUUCCACACAGAAUAAGAUGUGGGAGGAGGGCAAAGUGUUUCCAAAUGCUGAGUUCCGAGUGGAAUCUGUGUGGUUGUAUAAUUUCUGCCCAUGGAAUAAAGCUCAAUUUGCAUUAGCUUCGCGUUUCAUAACGCAAGGAACCGUAACCAAGAAGAUGAGCAUCAUGACGUCUUUGGUUCCAGCAAACAAGAAGUUAGGUACAGAAGCAGUUCCUGCAGCGGAUAUGUUAGAUAAGGAAGCCGCAGUCGCCAAACUGAUGAAACUACCAAAGGGUAACGAGAGUCUUCUUAUUAGAAGCUUUUGAUGAAAUUUGGUUCGAAUAUAGUUGGAUUAAUUAAUAUCUCUCUAAUUAAUAAGUCCUGUGUGACAAAAUCUGUUAUGAUUUUCUUUUAAAACUUUCUUAUGAUUCUCUUAAAACUUUCUUAUGAUUUU